GUGAAACGAAGCUAAAGAUCCUAUAAAGUCGAAAACGCAGUAUAAAUAAGAAUAAUGUACAUAAUUAUUAACUUACAAAAGUUAGCCCUUCACUCCACCAUUAUUGGAAGUUCAACAUGAUGGCGGCUUCCAGCACCAACAGUACUGGUUCAAUCUCCAUCAAACAACACAGAUACAUCGACCAUGGCAACCCAAGCUACAGAGAUCCCAGUAGAAACUCGACCUCAACAUCAUCGUGGGGGAAACAACUUCCUCGUCGUCACCGUAAGUUAUCAUGCACCGCCGAGUUGCAGCAGCAGAUUUUGAGCAUGCAUGAAGAAGAAGCGGACAAGAUCCGGCGGCUGCAAAACGGGUCGGACGUUCGAGGGGUCGCGCUGGAGGGAGAGAAGGGCCGGACCGUCGACCUAACCCCGCCGGCCGUGGAGGCCAUAUCGGAGAGCUUUGGGGAGUGGGUCGUCGGAAAGGGAGUAGAGGGUGAUAAUAAUCCGGUGAAGGUCUCGUUGGGCAGGGACCCGAGGGUGACCGGAGGAGCAUUGAGCGUGGCGGUGUUUUCCGGGCUGUCGCGGGCAGGUUGCAUGGUCUACGAUAUGGGACUAGCUACGACUCCCGCCUGUUUCAUGAGCACUCUGUUGCCUCCUUUUGCCUUCCACGCCUCCAUUAUGAUGACGGCGUCACACUUGCCGUACACGCGAAACGGGCUGAAGUUUUUUACGAGGAGAGGGGGGUUGCGGUCGUCGGAGGUGGAGGAGAUAUGCGAGAAUGCGGCGAGGAAGUACUCCAACCGGCUGGUGAAAGUUUCGACGUUGCUGAACCUGCCGCCGACGAGAGUGGAUUUCAUGAGCGUUUAUGCGCAGCAUCUGCGUGAAAUCAUCAUGGAGAGGGUGAACCACCCGUUCCAUUACGACGCUCCCCUGAGCGGGUUCAAGAUAAUAGUGAACGCUGGGAAUGGGUCGGGCGGGUUCUUCACAUGGGCCGUCCUCGACAAGCUCGGGGCGGACACGUUCGGGUCGCUCCACCUAAACCCGGACGGGAUGUUCCCCAACCACAUCCCCAACCCGGAAGACAAAACCGCCAUGGCCGUCACCAGAUCCGCCGUGCUGGAGAACUCCGCCGACCUCGGGAUAGUCUUCGACACGGACGUCGACCGGAGCGGCGUCGUCGACAGCGCAGGGAACCCAAUCAACGGUGACAAGCUGAUCGCCCUCAUGUCGGCGAUCGUCCUUAGGGAGCAUCCGGGGACCACGAUCGUGACGGACGCGAGGACCAGCAUGGCGCUCUCGAAGUUCAUCACGGAGCGGGGCGGGCGCCACUGCCUCUACCGGGUCGGGUACCGGAAUGUCAUCGAUAAAGGUGUCCAGCUGAACAAGGACGGAAUUGAUGCGCAUCUGAUGAUGGAGACCUCCGGGCAUGGAGCACUCAAAGAGAAUUAUUUCCUCGACGACGGGGCAUACAUGGUGGUGAAAAUCAUAAUCGAAAUGGUACGGAUGAAGCUGGGAGGAAGUGCGGAAGGAAUUGGGUCAUUGAUAAAAGAGCUGGAAGAGCCCUUUGAAUCUAUGGAGCUGAGGAUGGAUGUUCAGUCGGAGCCCAAAGAUGCAAAAGCAAGAGCCGUCCAGGCCAUCGAAACCUUCAGAGAAUUUGUUGAGGAAGGAAGAAUUGAAGGGUGGGAAUUGGACUCGUGUGGCGACUGUUGGGUCACCGACGGCUGUCUUGUUGACACCGACGACACUACGCCCGCGGCCAUUGAUGCUUACAUGUAUAGGGCCAAAGUGUCGGAUUCGAUACAAGGAGAAAUCGGUUGGGUGCACCUACGGCAGAGCAUCCACAACCCGAACAUUGCUGUCAACUUGCAGUCCAUGGUUCCUGGUGGAUGCCAAUCCAUGAUCAAAGCUCUGAGAAACCAGUUUCUAAUAGCCAGUGGAGUCGAGCAGUUCUUGGAUACAACUCAGAUUGACAAGUGGGCAGAAAUGAACUAAGUAGCAAACUCUAUGAUCAAUUCUAGGUGUCUCCACAUAUUAGAGAGACAAAAAAAUGGUGUAUGAUGUACAACAUAUUUGAAACGUCUUGCGAUAAGAAACUAUGUAUGUAAGAGGAUUCUUGUGUAUAUAUGAGAAAGAACAAUGGAUAUGGA